AUGACAAAUCCCAUCUUCUUCAAAGGAUGGGUUCCUUUCAUUUCUCACCACCCAUACAAUUACUGGCACUAUUCCUCUGAUAAUGAGCCUUCGCCCUCAUACCUUCAUCAUAACAUGUCGCUGCAGUCGUCGUUGUCAUCAUCAUCAUCACCUCCGUUAAAAGAAGCCGUUCCUCUUCUUAGCAAAUUAAGCCUCAAAAAAGAUCUAGAGCUGCAACACCAUGACCCUUCAAGUAAUAGUGCCAUGGAAGAAGAUAAAAAUAACUGCAGGUUUUCAACAAGUACAACCACAAAACUACUUACUAGUACUACAGUGAAUGUAACCCUAAACAUAGGGCUCCCUACUAGUCCAAUCUACCCUAGUUAUCCUCAAGAGAAGGUUACCAGUAAUGGUGAUGAAAUGCUUCUAGAGUUUCCUUUCUGCCCUGAAAAGAAGGGUGGCAAUGGGGAUGAAAUGCUUCUAGGGUUUCAUUGGGGCCCUAAUGGUUUUGAAGAAAAGAAUGUGAAUGGGGAUGAAAUGCUUCAAGGGUUUCCUAUAAACAGAUUAAAGAAAACCAACGGCCUGCAGUACUGGAUUCCAAACCCUAGUCAGAUUCUUACUGGUCCAAAUCAGUUUUCAUGUCCAAUUUGCUCCAAGAACUUCACCAGAUAUAAUAAUCUUCAGAUGCAUAUGUGGGGACAUGGAUCACAGUAUAGAAAGGGACCAGAGUCGUUAAGGGGAUCCCAGCCCACAUCAAUGCCAAAGCUGCCAUGCUACUGUUGUGUACUGGGGUGCAAGCACCACAUUGACCAUCCCAGAUCAAGACCACUCAAAGACUUUAAAACCCUUCAAACACAUUACAAGAGGAAGCAUGGAACCAAGACAUUUGUGUGCAGGAAAUGUGGGAAAGCAAUUGCUGUAAAGGGUGAUUGGAGAACACAUGAAAAGAACUGUGGGAGGGUCUGGUAUUGUAAUUGUGGUUCUGAUUUUAAGCACAAAAGGUCACUAAAAGAUCAUGUUAAGGUGUUUGGUCAUGGUCAUGGUCAUGGUGGUGCUUAUGGUAUAGAUUUCAUUCAACAACAAGAAGAUGAUGAAGAUGAAGGCAUGUUAUCCGAGAUAGAGCACAUGUAA